AUGUCUCCCGCUGUUACUGGUGUCCCCUCGACUGCGGGCACUCCCGCGCAGGUCCCGGCCAAGGCCGCUAAGAACUCGUCAGCCGCCACGGAGGGUAGCGCCUCCAAGGAGACCGGUCUCGAGGCUUCGCGCCUGCUCUCUUCCGGUGACAAGGAGGCCGUGCAGGAGCUGGUCAGCCUUGUCAAAGCCGAGGGUCCAAAGGCGCUCGUCAGCCUCGAUAUUGAGGAUGUCAUCGUUAAGGGCCUCGCCGACAAGAAGAACGCCGACGUCCGCGAAGGAGCUGCCAACCUGCUCUCGUCACUUUGCGAGCAGGGUGUUGGCCACGAGGUCGAGCCAUUCAUCUUUGCCAAGGUGUUCGAGUCGAUGGUCGAGGCGAUGGGCGACAAGGAGAAGUCGGUCCGCGAGGCGGCUCUCGUUGCCCUACGCUCAUUUGUUCAGAUCAUGUCGUCGUGGGCUGUCCCGAACGUGCUCAAGGUCCUCCUCGUCCAGGUUCGUACCGCCGGAAAGUGGCAGGUUAAGACGGGCUGCGUUGCGCUCCUCGAGGAGCUCGUCACCGCCUCGCCUGACCGCAUGGCCGCUGCCAUGCCAGACAUCAUCCCCGUUAUGUCGGAGGUGAUCUGGGACACCAAGACAGACGUGCAAAAGGCAUCGCGGCUCGCGCUCAACAAGCUCUGCGCUCUCAUCUCAAACAAGGACAUUGAGCGCUUUAUUCCGGCGCUGAUCACCUCGCUCAUCAACCCGGUCGAGGAGGUGCCCAAGACGAUCAUGCUCCUGUCUGCCACAACGUUUGUUCAAGAGGUCGACUCGCCGACGCUCGCGCUUAUGGCCCCGCUGCUUUCGCGUGGUCUCAACGAGCGUCCGACGGCCACGCGCCGCAAGGUCGCUGUCAUUAUUGACAACAUGGCAAAGCUCGUUGACAAUGAGCGCACCGUUCGCCCGUUCCUGCCCAAGCUGUUGCCAGGCUUGAUCAAGAUGGAGACAACCAUGGCCGACCCAGAGGCGCGCUCUGUUGUUCAGCGCGCUAUCAAGACGUUGCGCGAGAUUGGCCAGGUCACCGGCGACGGCUCGGAGGUCAAGCCGCUGGACGAUGUCGAAGUCAAGACGACGCUCGACUUGGUCAACAAGACGUUCAAGGACAAGAAGGUUGACAACAGCCAGGCACAACUCGUUGCAUACAUAGCACUACUCGCCGCCAACCUGGCCAACUCGCGCAACUUUGAGCCGACCGAGUGGGAGAGCACGCUUGCGCCUUACAUUCUUCUCAACAAGAGCGCCACCAAGGAGGGCGCGACCGCCAUCGCGAGCGAGCUGCUCAAGGCACUGGCCAAGAGCACUGGCGAGGAGGUUGAGAUCUUUGACGACGAGGAGGAGGGUGAGGACCUGUGCAACUGCCAGUUCUCGCUUGCCUACGGUGCCAAGAUUCUGCUCAACACGGCCACGCUCCGCCUCAAGCGCAGCCACCGCUACGGUCUCUGCGGCCGCAACGGUUCUGGCAAGUCAACGCUCAUGCGUGCCAUCCAGAAUGGUCAGGUUGAGGGUUUCCCUUCGCCGGACGUCGUCCGCACCUGGUACGUCGAGCACGACCUUGACGGCUCCGAGGGCACUAUCUCGAUCAUCGACUUUAUUCUCGCCGACAAGCGCCUCGACAUCACGCGCGAUGAGGCCGCCAAGACGCUCGCCGAGAUGGGCUUUGACGAGCAGCGCCAAGUUUCCCCCGUCGCUGGUCUCUCUGGUGGUUGGAAGAUGAAGCUCGCGCUCGCUCGUGCCAUUCUCUUCAAGGCCGACAUUCUCCUUCUGGAUGAGCCGACCAACCACUUGGACGUUGUCAACGUCGCCUGGAUCACCAACUACCUGCAGACCACCUCGGCCACCUCGAUCAUCGUCUCGCACGACUCGAAGUUCCUCAACAAUGUCUGCACAGACAUUCUCCACCUUAACCGUUUCAAGAUCAAACGCUAUCCGGGCAACCUCAAUGCUUUUGUCAAGCGUGUCCCCGAAGCAAAGGCAUACUCGGAGCUUAACUCGGGCGAGGACUACUCGUUCAAGUUCCCCGAGCCACCUCUGCUAGAUGGUGUCAAGACCAAGGAAAAGUCGCUACUCAAGAUGCGCGAUGUCACCUUCCAGUACCCCGGCACGCCCGCGCCGCAGCUCAAAGGCAUCAGCAUGCAGGUUUCGCUCUCGUCGCGUGUCGCCAUCCUUGGGCCAAACGGUUCAGGCAAGUCGACCCUCGUCAAGCUCAUGGUUGCGGACAACGAGCCUAACUCGGGAGAGGUGUGGAAGCACCCGAACUUGGUCAUUGGCUACGUUGCCCAGCACGCGUUCCACCACAUUGACCAGCAUCUCGACAAGACCCCACUGGACUACAUGCUCUGGCGUUACCAGACUGGUGAGGAUCUCGAGGAGAUGCUCAAGAACCAGAGCAAGGAGCUGAGCGAGGAGGAGAAGGCGCUCUUGAAGAACGGCGAGGUGUACGUGCACGAAGGCGUCAAGCGCAUCAUCGAGAGCAUCGUCGCGCGCAAGAAGCUCAAGAACUCAUACCAGUACGAGGUCUCCUUUAAGCAGUACUCGUCUGCCGACAAUCUCUGGUUGUCGCGAGACGAGCUGAUCAAGCGUGGCUUUGAGAAGAAGGUGCUUGAGUUUGACAGCAAGGAGGCACAGCGUCUCGGUAUGAACCGCCCGCUCGUCCGCAAGGAGAUCGAGCAACACUUUGAGGACUUUGGUCUCGAGCGCGAGUUUACCUCGCACAACACCAUGCGCGGUCUCUCCGGAGGUCAAAAAGUCAAGGUCGUUCUCGCCGCCGCCACAUGGCGACGCCCUCACGUCAUCAUUCUCGAUGAGCCAUCUAACUUCUUGGAUCGCGAAUCGCUUGCAGCACUCAUCAAUGCGUUGAAGACCUUUGACGGCGGUGUCUGCCUGAUCACGCACUCUCUCGAAGUCUCCGAGGGCGUGUGUACCGAAGUGUGGGCCAUGGACGGGGGUCUCCUUCGUGCCUCUGGGCACAACUGGAUCGAGGGCCAAGGCUCUGGGCCAAAGCUGCAGGCUAAGGAGGAUGAGGAGGACAAAUUCGAUGCGAUGGGGAACAAGAUCGAGAAGAAGGAGAAGAAAAAGGUACUCUCGAGCGCCGACAAGCGCAAGGCAAAGAAGGACCGGAUGGCAAAGAAGAAGGCCGGCACGUACGACUCGGCCGACGAGCUGGACGACCUAUAG